UGCCGGCCGAUUCCCAUGCAUGGUGGGGUUCGCUCGUUUUUCUUCCACCACACCCACACGCACACCCCGCAGCCCGCAGCCCGCGAAUCGAACCUGCCGACCGCUGUCCUCCACCACUACCAGUAGGUCUGCCCGCCCGCUGCCCGCUGCCUGCUGUGCCUGUCAAUCGCAAACUGCCCGAUCUUAACUUACGCGGAAAGGCUAAAACGAUCGAUUAACCUAACGUUUGCUUCCGCUUCUGCUUCCUUCUCUCCCGCGCGCACAAAACCCGGACGAGCGAACGAACGAACUGUUGCAAAAAAAAAAACCAUGUCGGCAGCUACAGGAAAGAACUAUGUCGUAGAACAUAUGGAGCCGGAAAUGGGCGCCUGGUCUACACUGGAGUACAUCGCGAUCGCAUCUGAGACCGCCGCGGCGGGGCGGGGGAGUGUAUUCUACCUGACGUCUUUGCAGGCGUCGCUGGCCGCAGACCUUCCAGCCACGCUUACCGAGAAGCUGGGGGAGUCCUUCGUGGCUACCACGAAGGACGUCGAGACCCUCUCUGGUGUGCCGAAACACCGCGUCUGUCUCUUGGACCCCCAGGCGGAAAAAACUCUCGCCCCUGAGGAUGGUGACGUCUUUGAUUGGUUCGUGUUUGGCGGGAUUCUGGGCGAUGAUCCGCCGAGGGACCGUACCGCCGAGCUCCGCAAAUACGGCUACACCGGGCGCAACCUCCAAAAGCUGCAGAUGACGACGGACACGGCAGUGCGGGUUACGCGGAUAGUGAUCGAAGAGAAGAAAAAACUCGACGAGAUCCCCUACGCCGACUACCCCACCCUCCAGAUCAACAAGAACGAGAGCACCGAAAUGCCGUUCCGCUACGUCAAGGACGAUAAGGGAACGCCCAUCAUGCCCGACGGAAUGAUGGAGCUUAUCAAGCUCGACGCUGAUAAGAGUCUCGAGGAUAUGUUUUAAAUCCGUCUGCGCUGGGCAUGGGGCUUUGGGCAUUGGGCAAUAGGUACCGUAGUAUUGCUAUGUCUUGUCAUGUCAUGUGUGUAGCUAGCCAGAGAGCAUACAUACAUAAGUACUUACUGUAACCUACUGUAACGCAACCCCUUCCAAUCCACCGGAUACUAGGUGUGGACCGUGGAG